AUGAUUGAAGCGCAAGAAAAUGAGGCCAUGGUUUCACCAACUGGAGGAGACCCAUUUCGGAAAAGAGCCUACUUUCUCAAACCCAUUGUUGCUUCCUCCAUUGAUGAACCUCCUCCUGAGCUUUCCCAGUGUUUUAGCUCCCUCCCAUCAGGUUUUGAGCCCAAGAAAUUGGUUCUUGAAAUCCGUGGAUGGCGUCUGGACCACAAAGAUUUGAAGACUUGGGUGGAGCACUUGGCUUUAACUCACCAAGGUACAUGGAGGACAGCUGGAAUCUAUGAUGCCAUCUUCAAUUCCAUGUGCGAAAUCCGAAAGAAGAAUGAUUUGGUUCGUGGGCUUGGCGAGAAAUGGUGCUGUGACACCAACACGUUCAUUUUUGAUUGGGGUGAAGCAACUAUUUCUUUGGAAGAUGUGAUGGUGUUGGGAGGGUUUUCUGUUUUGGGAGACUCUGUUUUCAGUCCUCUUGAAAGCAGAGAACUAAGAGAAGUGGAGGAUAGACUUGAGCAAGUGCGGAAGGGAUUUCAAAAUAAAAGAGGUGAUCAAGGCUGGGGAGUUGCCUACACUGAUUUGUGGAUGAAGGAAUUCAUGAAAGGUGGGAGUGAUUUGGAGCAUGAGGCAUUUCUUGUGUUCUGGUUGUCUAGGUAUGUUUUUCAUGAUGCUCGUAAUUCAGUGAACAAGGCUGUGUUUUCCAUUGCAAUUCGUUUAGCUAGAGGAACUCGGAUUGCGCUUGCGCCUGCUGUUCUUGCAAACAUUUAUAGAGAUUUGGGUAUGUUGAAGAGGAGUAUUGCAGCUUCGAAUGAGUUGAAAGUGACGAUCAAGUCGCCAUUCCAUUUGGUUCAGGUUUGGGCUUGGGAGAGAUUUCUGGAACUUCGGCCAAGGCCAAAUGGUAUCAGAAAUGCUGAGCCGAGAUUGGCUCGAUGGGAUAAAGUACUUGGUCUAAAUGUUGGAAACUUGAGGAGCGUUUUGGAUUCGGCGGGAGAAGGUUUCUUGUGGCGCCCUUAUGCCAUUGCCAUUGAGAACUGGAAACUUCCCAAGUAUUUUGUGGAGAAGGAGAAGUGGGUAGUGGUUGGUCCCAGUUUGAAUGAUGAUGAAUUGCUGUCAUUUUCGAUAUGCUUGAGGGUGAAUGAGUUGGUUGGAUUUGGUACUAAACAGCAGUACCUUCCGCACCGAGUGGCUAUGCAAUUUGGUUACGAUCAGGACAUCCCAGGUUUUGUGGCUCCAUUGAUUCACAAUACUAAUAUGACCUGGAAGCAGUACUUGAAAGAACUUGAGUAUGUGAUAUUGUAUAUACCAUCGAGGCUUUCUGAGGCGGAUGCUAGCACAAGAUACUUAAAGUGGUGGAAGGAAUCCAUGGCAGGCCUCAAACACAGAAGUAUGUCACCAGAAAAGAAAGCAAGGGAAGCUGUCAAUGAGAUAUAUGACGUCAGCAUUCCUUGUAUCCGUUCUCCAAAGAAGGCAGAAGUACUCAUGCAGGUUUCUGCAGGAAGGAAUGUAUACGAAGGUAAUGAUUCCCUUGUGCCUCCCGGAUUCCCUCCAAAAAGGUAUAGGCUGGAAGUUGGAGAUCCUAUGGAUGAUGAUGACCUAACUAUAUCAGAGGCUUUGAAAAUUAGGAAGAAGCAUAAAACUGUUGAAACUAGAAAAGGUAGCGACGGUGAGAAGUUAUCAGCUGAUCAUGAUCAAAUCUUGGCAUCUUCAAUUGCAGAUGAAUAUUAUGUUAAUACUAUGACAUCAGAAAUAUUUGAGAAUGACAUUACAUUGGGUAAAGUUGUGACUUGUAAGGGUAAGAGGAAGCUGAGAAAGGUAAGCAUCAUUAUUGGCAAUGAAUGUCCUAGUAGCACCUCUCCAGUUGAGGAACAGGAAUGUGGUAGCCUCAGCUCUUCAUUUGAGAGACCGGAAAACGCUUGCAGCAGGUCUGUAUUUGAGAAACCAGAAUAUGCUAGCAGCAGUUCAUUUGAAAAACGGGUGCCACAACUUAAAUCCAAGGUUACAAUGCUUGAAAAGAUAGUUGAGGUGUUAAAAUCUAGGACAUAG